AUGCCACCGGAGCGGUUUGAGGUUCAGGCGGUGCGUGAGGGUGGGCCCGCGGCAAUCGACCGGCUUGGGUUUUACCUGCUUCGCGAGACCGCCACGCCUGCGCCAGGCGGCCCGUUGCCGAGCGACGAUCGCAGCGCCCGCGCGCGGGAGGAGGAGUUCUGGAUUACCCGCAUUUGCUGCUACAUGCGACUCUCGCUGGAGUUGGAGCGGCACCGCCGCGCAACGGCUGACAGCGAGGACCGCGUUGUGGCGGAGCAGGCGGCGCUUGCGCAGGCGCAGCGGCGCGUAUAUCGUCAAAUGCAGCGCCGCAUACACCGCUUUGGUGGCGUUCGGCAUGAAAGCCUGCGUCGUUUUUUGUGGGGCUUUUUGACCGGCUCGCUGCAGCGCUCGGAGAGUGUGAUGCGGGCGCACCAUGCGACGUACGUCGGGCUCACGAGCUCGCCCCCAGACGCGGAGACGGUGGAGGCGAUUGAGCGGGACUUGAGCCGCACCUUUCCGACGCACUGCCUCUUUGUUGGGGCGGGGUCGGUGGGGCAGGUGGAGCUGCGCCGCGUGCUCUCCGCGUACAGCCGCCUUGACCCGGCCGUGGGCUACUGCCAAGGCAUGGCCUUCGUCGUGGCGCUGCUUCUGCUCCACGCCCCGGAGGAGGAGGCGUUUGGGAUGCUGCUGCACCUCUCCUACGCGCCGGCGUUCCGCAUGCGGGAGAUGUUUCUCCCCGGCUUUCCGCGGCUGCAGGUCUUCCUGGCGGUGCUGCGCCGCCUCAUCGAGCGUCUCCUGCCGGCGCUGCACCGCCACUUUCUGGAGGUUGGCCUGGAUGUCUUUUUCUUCGCCCCGCAGUGGUUCCUCACCCUCUACACGUAUCAGUUUCCCCCCGAGUUUGUUUGUCGCCUGUGGGACCUCUUUUUCGUGGACGGCUGGCGGGUGAUGUUUCAGGCCGCCAUCGCCACCCUGCACGGGGAGCAGGAGCGGCUGCUGUCGCUCGAAAUGGAGGCGGCGCUGCUGUGGCUUAAGGAGUGCCACGAGGGGAAGUCGGCAGAGGAGAUGGUGCAGCGCACCCGCAACGUCCCGCUCGAGGAGGCGGAGUUUCUCUCCAUGCUUUGCGCCGAGGAAGCUGCAGCGGCGGCGCGCGAUGGCCCCAGCUGA